CUGUGGAUGUUUAUUCUGACUCCUGCGACACCGGGCAUUUUGUGCUCACAUUUAUUCACAAUUCCGUUAAUGGUCUCUUAACCCUCCAUUCGGCGGUCUCGGCACCGCAAUUCAUUCGUUUUUCCAACUUCUAUUUCCCAAUGGCGAACUUCUGGAGUCUUCCCCAGGCACUAGCCGGGUCCUUGCUCGACUUCGUGAUCGAGACGCCAUUCCACCUUUUGACUCUGAUAUUGGCCGCCCUCGGGGUGCUUGGGUUAUUUUUUGCCUACAUUGUCUUACACCUUGUCGCUCCUAAGCCGCGCCCGGUUUUGCCCUCGGAGAAGAAAUACCUCGCGACCAACCCCGACGGCACGAAAAGCUCUCCUCGCCAGCUUCCCUGUUGGUACGACCGCUGGCUUGCGGAGCGCCACCUUAUCGAGACCAGGCCUGAUGGCCCGGAUGGCUUCCCCGUCCCCGAAACAUGCGCAAUCGAGCCACCCGAGGUGGAAGUGAGCGUGAUCAUCCCAGCUUACAACGAGGCGGACCGAAUAUUGCCCACCCUUGAGGAGAUGGUAGCGUACCUCGAUCAGCGAUUUGGGCGGCCCAACCCUGGAGGACUCGCGCCGCCUGCGGGGAAGGGCAAGAAGAAGAUGGCCAGCCCCACGACGCCGCACCGGCUGGUGUUUAAGAGCCAUCCGGCCGAGAAGCCCGUAUCGGGCUACGAGAUUAUCAUUGUGGAUGACGAGAGCAAGGACAGGACGGUCGAAGUGGCGUUGGAGUUCUCGCGCAAACACGGGCUCCAGGACAUACUCCGCGUCGUGUCGCUGGAGAGGAACCGCGGCAAGGGCGGCGCAGUCACGCACGGUUUCCGGCAUGCCAGGGGAGAGUACGUCCUCUUCGCAGAUGCGGACGGCGCGUCCAAGUUCAGCGACCUGGGCAAGCUUAUCGAGGGCUGCGAGGACGUUGUGGACGGGUCGAACAAGGGCGUGGCUAUUGGUAGCCGAGCGCAUCUAGUCGGAAGUGAGGCAGUUGUCAAGCGCUCAGCUAUCCGUAACUUCCUCAUGCGCUCCUUCCAUUUCAUCCUCAUGAUCCUGACCCCGCCGGCAACCUCUCGCAUUAGGGACACCCAGUGCGGCUUCAAGCUGUUCUCGCGCGCAUCUCUCCCCCACAUCAUACCCUACAUGCACACGGAGGGCUGGAUCUUCGACAUCGAGAUGCUGAUGCUGGCGGAGUCCGCGCCGGCCACCCCGGUGCUCGCCAGCGACGGCACGGUCAUCGGCACCAGCUAUGGCAUUAAGGUCGCCGAGGUUCCCAUCGAGUGGCAUGAGGUGGAUGGGAGCAAGAUGAGCCUAGUGCAGGAUAGCAUAAAGAUGGCCCUUGGGCUGGCGGUCCUAAGGGCCAGCUGGAUGAUGGGCGUGUAUAGGAGGCGCCUGACGUGAUCCACGAAGCUUCUCGUUUUACUCUUUACUCGUUUCCCUUUUUAUGAUUACUACAUAGGUAGUACGGCGGCAUGGACAAGCGAAGUAUAGAUACGGGGUGGGCAGCGAUAUUCCAUGAAGAUAGGUAGUCAGUAUAACUUGACUGGCAUGCGCACCCAAAACCGGGCUCAUACAACCUCCGGUGACAAUCGUACAAACGCCGAACACAACCCCCCGCCGGCCCCCCAAUGGCGACACCGCUUCAGAAGAACCGCUCUCU